ACAAAUAUGUCUAUGUGUACAUUCUCUGUUUGUCCAGUAGAUGGCACUGCUGCACUGAGAAGUACUUCUUACAGACUCCGUUUCCCAGCAUGCUUUAUGAGUGACUACGGUUGCUGAGCAGAAAGAACAAGCGCGGAUUAGAGCUGAGAUUAUUUGAGAAGAAGCUGAAAAUGUCUGUCAAUUUUGAAGAGAAGAUUAAGAAAUACAGGACAGCUCCUUUCGAUGCCCGGUUCCCCAACACCAACCAGACCCGGAACUGCUACCAGAACUACUUGGAUUACCACAGAUGCAACAAAGUUCUGUCUGCUAAAAAUCAGAAGACGACUCCUUGCGAGUGGUACCGCAGGGUAUACAAGAGUCUCUGCCCUAUGGCAUGGGUUCAGAAAUGGGACGAGCAGCUGCAAUCAGGGACUUUUGCUGGACGAAUUUGAAGGCAAAUCGUUCAUUGUUUCUUUUCUCAUCCUAUAAGCUUAAUAUGAAGCAUUCCCGUAUUUUUGAAUGCAAAGCAGCUAAAUAAAAUACUGUUACUGUGAA